GACGGACUUUCUGGUGGGUAUCGAUUUUAUUCAGAAAGGGAUAGGGCGAAAAUGAAACCCUGUUCUUGCGCCGCUCACAUCCUUGCGAACAGCAAUAGUCAGCAAAGCAGUACCCUUGUUCUCGGAAUAGUUGGCAAUGACGACACCAACAAAUAGUGUGAGACCUAUCAUACAGCCAAGAAAAAUAUAUACAUGUAUGUAAACUGCAUGGACCUAAAAAAACAGCAAUUAAUAAACAAGAUACUUCGAUA